CAACAGUUAGUUGUCAAAGGAUAUCUGACAACAAACCAAGAAGACCAUGAACCUCUCCAACCUCUUGAUCGCAGGCUGCCUGCUGGUACCCUGGACGCCAAGGCUUGUCAAUGGUUGGUCCGUGGGUGGAAGAGAGUCUGUGGGGCAACAAUGCGGUGUUGAAAAUAAGGAUCGUCGGUCGUUUCUAAAGCUGGUGCCCACCGUGGCUUCCAUUGUGUUGACACAGAACAUUCAACCGUCAUUUGCGAAAGAAGCGGUUGGUUUGGAGGAACCGCCAUCCGCCAAUCUCUCUGGUGAUGCCAAAAAGCUCUUUAAUGAUGGACGAGUGUUUGAGUCGCAAGGAAACAUGGCCGCUGCUCAGCGUCUAUACGCCAAAGUCACAAAGAUUGAGCCACGGUAA